UUAGGUUUUACGCUGGAAAUUCUAACGAAAAAUUUUUUGUUUGACGAUUAAUGUUUUUCCCAUUGUAUCUGCUGCACUGAGCGACGUGAAGAGCUAACGCAGUGGCGAGCAGUAAUCGUAUUUCGUAAACCGUUCGAUCGCGAGACUUCGCGUUAUCGGCGUAUAUGAGAUUUUAAACGGAAAAUGAAUCUACAUGAAGGGGUAAGUUGUGACUCCUGCUUAAAGGGGAAUUUUCGGGGUCGCAGAUACAAGUGCCUCGUGUGCUACGAUUAUGAUUUGUGUGCCAGCUGUUACGAAGGAGGUGCCAGUACUACACGUCACCACACUGAUCAUCCUAUGCAGUGUAUACUUACUAGAUCUGACUUUGAAUUAUAUUAUGGUGGAGAAGCAGUAAGUAUAGAGCAGCCACAAUCCUUAACUUGUCCUUAUUGUACAAGAAUGGGUUUUACUGAGGCUGCACUGCAAGAACAUGUUGCUGCAGAUCAUUCGGACACUUCAUUUGAAGUUGUUUGUCCAGUGUGUGCAUCUGUCCCAGGAGGGGAUCCUAAUAACUUGACUGAUGAUUUUGCGGGUCAUUUAAGUAUGGAGCAUCGUAGUGGACCAAGAGAUUUGAUCUCUUUUCUAGAUGAACCAUCUUCUAGUAGAUAUAAUGGUAGACGGAUAACACAUACACCCAGAGUUGUUGGUGGGCCCCGACCUCGCAGGUCCAAUAUGCAUUUCAGUUCAUCCGGAGGAUUGAGUCCAAGUAAUCGGGAAGGUAUAGAUCCAAUUGCAGAAUUACUUUCUCAAUUAUCCGGUGUUCGUAGAAGUGGUGGAGGAACUGGUCAGAGUUCGUCAGCACCAUCACAAUUACAACAUUUGCAAAUGCAGCUACACUUGGAGCGACAACACGUUAGAGCUGCUAGACAACAAUUGGAGCGGUUACCUAGGAGGCAGACUCAGGUCCUUGGUUCUGCAAGUUGUGGAGGAUUUAUUACUGGAAGUGGUCAUUCUACUACUAUGACCAGUGUGGUAGCAAAUAGUACGAGUAGUAACAAUAAUGCAACUAAUGUGGCGAACCCGUCCGGCGUAUCAUCUACCAGUUCACAGAACUAUAUGUUUCUGUUGCCAAAAUGUAUUACCAAUACCCUCUCUGACAAACAGUUGCAAAAUAUUGAACGUGAAAGUGCAAAUAGGAGCCUCUUUACGCGCGAACUUAUUCUUGGAACGCUUUCUCCAAUAUUGCCAGAGUUGACAGAGCAGCAAUCCGGAGCGCAAACUCCAGUAUCAAGUGCAACUACUGCCACAACCAGUCCUGAAACACCAAAUGCUAAUACUUCCACAAUUUCUACGAAAAAAUUAAACGUAACUCAAGAAGCAAAAAGGGAUCAAACAAUGAGUAAACACGUAACGCAAACGUCUACGCAACAAUCGCAUACUGUUCAGACAACUACUGCUGGCAGUGUGGGGACAGGUCUUCAAAGUCAAGGGUUGCCUCCAAAUUCUAAUAACCUCGCGUCACAAAAUACACCUAUGGUUCAAACAUUGAUGCAUAGUGUGUUACCUCAGUCAUUGGUACUGCAGGAAUCACUGUCGCUAUCAAUUAGUAGAACUAUCAGGGAACCGAUAGUAACUCCGGCACCAGCGUACCUUAGAGGUGGAGUUGGUCCAGUUGCCGUAACAGGUCCUUCACGUAGGAAGCCGGUUAGGGCUGUAGAUGGCAGAAACCAAUCUACGGAACCUCCGCCCCCACACUAA